AUGGAUGACUUGAUGGAGUCUGCGCCUCCACGGCGAGGCCAAUGGUUAGUUGCUGAUAUUAUCUACAUAACGCUGGUGACGCCCCUCUUACUAGCGGCCUUUGUGGAAUGGUUCCUCUGGCUCGCGGCAUUCCUCUUCGGUCUUGUGAACGUGUACCGCAAAGCUGAACAUUGGACUACUCGUGUAAUUGCGGUCUUUAUCAUGACCGUCUUUUCAAUUCUUCGAUCCAUCUUCCUGCCCGUGAUGAUCGUCACCCUUCCUCUACCAACCAACAUCACAAGCCACUUUUCCUGGGCGAUGGUUAACCUCCUGCAAUGGUUCGCCUUUUAUACCUUCUCGGUGCUGCUCCUGGUUCCGUGGGCACUCUGCAUCUACAGGCUCGUGACGAACGAAGUCGGCCGGGCCAAGAGAAUCGAAGAUGUUCUACACGACACCGUUUCCCCGAAGGUGGUAGUCGUCAUGCCUGUCUAUAACGAGGAGCCAGAAGUGCUGAUCAGAGCAAUCCGUUCUGUGGUUGGGAGCGACUACCCUUCAUCAUGCCUCCACGUCUUUCUAUCAUUUGAUGGAGAGCCGUACGACGCACUAUGGGAUACCGUCUGCAUGCAACUUGGAAUUCCCCUGGGUAUCAGUAAAAAGGCCCCGAGUAUUGACACCAUCUACCACUCGGUCCGUGUAACGGUUAGCAGGUUCCCUCACGGUGGCAAGCGGCAUUGCCAAAAGAGGACCUUUAAGCUCAUUGAUCGUAUAUACGCCGACUACCUCAGUCAGCACGACGACUUAUUCCUCCUUUUCAUCGAUUCGGAUUGCAUCUUGGACAAAGUAUGUAUACAGAACUUCAUGUAUGACAUGGAACUAAAGCCGGGAAGUACACACGAUAUGGUAGCGAUGACCGGGAUCAUCACAUCGACAACGGAAACGAUGUCGUUGCUGACCAUACUCCAAGAUAUGGAGUAUAUCCAUGGACAGCUGUUCGAACGCUCUGUUGAGUCUACCUGUGGUUCAGUGACGUGUCUUCCUGGUGCUUUGACCAUGCUGCGGUUCUCGGCAUUUCGCAAAAUGGCCAAAUACUAUUUCGAAGACCAGAUUGACAAGAUUGAUAACUUCUUCGAUUACAUCAAAUGCCACCUGGGAGAAGAUCGCUGGCUGACUCAUUUGUUCAUGGUUAGCACCGUCAAGCGAAACCAGAUACAACUUUGCACGGGUGCUUUCUGUAAGACGCAGGCUGUACAGACAAUGAGCAGCUUAAUCAAGCAGCGUCGUCGCUGGUUUCUAGGAUUCAUCUCAAACGAAGUCUGUAUGCUUACCGAUGUGAGGAUUUGGAGACGUUAUCCUUUACUGUGCAUCAUUCGUUUCAUGCAAGACACCAUUCGGACCACAGCGCUGUUAUUCUUUAUCAUGAUACUUUCAGUGUCCACCACUUCCACUAGCCUUGCGACCCUGCCGCUCGGUUUCAUUGCUAUUUCCUUGGGGUUGAAUUACGCACUAAUGCUCUACUUUGGAUAUAUCCUACACCGGUUCAAAGCGUGGUUGUAUCCAUUAAUGUUCUUGCUGAAUCCGUUCUUCAACUGGCUGUAUCUCGUCUACGGGUGCUGUACAGCUGGUAAGCGUACUUGGGGUGGACCACGAACAAACGCACCCAAAGCUGAUGAGCAUACCACACCUCGUGAAGCUGCGGAACAAGCAGAAGCCCAGGGUGAUGACCUCAAUGUAGAUGUUUCCACCUUCCGCGAGUAUGGCCAUGCCGCUGCAGGUGUGCCACUACAUCCGGCGGAGAGUGUAACGGAUCGUCUUGCCGUCGAUCCAAGCCACAGCGGACCUCGCGACGCCCGUCUUGAAUCGGAGCUUUCCUUGAUGCGACAUGAUCGAGAAGAGUCUGCUAUGCCAAGAAUUCCUCUGCAUCCACGAACUUCGUUUGACUCGGCGACAACUGACAGCUACUCGGUCACCCUUCCGCGGCCUGUGGAGAGCCUGAUAGAGGAAAUAGAUCGAAUAAUGCAGGAAAUCCGUGACCCCGACAAGCAGACUUUGAACAGUGAUAAAGAAGAACAACCCACAACACCAGACUGGAGACAGAGUUUCCGUAACGGCAACAACCUGAGUUUCCCAGGCAGGCAGCGAAACUUCAGUCCACAAUCUUCCCCAGCGAUGUCAACAUUGUCCCGUUUUGAGAGCGCAUCGACGGAUGUCAGCCCGGAUCCUGUCAGGCAAUUGACACCGUUACACAUUACCCCUAGCCCGUUGGGUCAAAGUUGUCUCCAAAAUACUGUUCCCGAGGAUGACAACACAGAGCAAACUAUUAGUUGUUACGACGCUCUUUUGGUCCGCCAUCUAUUUUUCCCAGACCUCGAAAUCCAUACAGUCUGUUUCGAUAUUCUUGGUGUUUUAGCCCCUAGUCUGACUACGUAA